AUGUCGUAUAUAGGCGUUGAUAUAGGAACAAGCUCCGUAAGGUCGUACUUGAUUGAUUCAGUUGGCCAUGAAUUCACUGCUACGAAGGACAUAACAAGGAAAGCUCAUUCCAAGCACACUUCACACAUCACGCAAUCAUCAGCUGAAAUAUUCGAUGCUGUGAAAAACACUGUACUUACAACUAUUUCAAAGGCUGGUAUAAGGCACGUAGAUGGAAUAUCGUUCACGGCCACUUGCUCAAUGGUUGUUUAUGAGGUUGUAGGUGAUGGUGAUGAAUAUAAGCCGUAUCCAUGUGAUUACGACAAGAAAGACUACAAACAAAAUAUAAUUCUUUGGAUGGAUUCAAGAUCCAUCGCACAGCUGAAGUUUAUAAAUGAAACUAUCGAUAAAAGUGAACUAAACAAAGUAGGGGGAAGUUUCAUACCUGAGAUGGGGUUACCUAAGUUGAAAUGGUUAAGUGAUAAUAAGAACGAAUCUGUAGAGUUGAUAGCUUUCGAGUUACAUGAUUGGAUCACUUGGAUGUUCACAAAGAAUGGCCAGUUAGACAGAAAAUGUUUGGAAUCUAACUAUAAAAAACUACGGUAUGGUUCGUUUGAUGGAUCUUUCAAGGGGAUUGAUCCCAAGCAUGUAGAGGCGCUAAAUAUUAGCAGAGUUCAGAUUGGAAGCAGUGAGAAUAUGGAUAAAGUAUUUCCUGUUGGCACACCUAUUGGCAAAAUAGACAGUCAACUAGGUAUAGAGUUAGGUUUGGCCGAUAAUGACACUAUCGUUGCCGUAGGAUGUAUUGAUUGCUAUGCUGGGUGGCUAUCAACCAUUUCGAAUCUGGUGCCUAAUCCAAUUUAUAUGAUAGCUGGUACUUCUACAUGCUUUUUGUUCCCAAUUAAACUGGAAGCCAGUAAAUCAGAAAGUAUUGGAGGAGUGUGGGGUCCGUAUAAACUUUUACCAGAUGUCGAAUUGUAUGAAAGUGGACAACCCGCAACUGGGAAAUUGUAUGAGUGCUUAUUCAAUGAAUAUGAGACUGUAAUCCAGAAGGAAGUUGGAAGUUCAGUCAGCAAUUCGCAGAUAUUUUCUUGGCUCGAACGGGAGACCAGUUCGUUAUGCAAAGAAUAUGGUACACUGAUUCACUUUAUAAUCAAGAAUUAUUUUUACUACGGAGACCAGUUUGGUAAUAGGUCCCCCUUUAACAAUUCAGAUAUGUCCACAAUGAUUAUCGAUGGUCCACCGUUUGAUGGAUUGCCGUCUCUAUUAGACCGGAGUUCAAAGAUCAGCCUCACUAUUAGGUAUAACUUGAUAUUGGAAUUCCUAAGUUUUCAGACGUUAGACCUAAUUGAGAGCUUUUCAUCUUCGAACUCGAUUGAGAGCAUUGUAAUUAGCGGUUCACAAGCUCAGAAUGAGAGAUUCUCAAAGAUUUUGAAGAUGGUUACGGAUAGAAGAGUAUUCGUAUGCGACAAGAAUGAUAGUUGUGGGGUUGCAAAGGGUGCCGCAGAUCUAGCUGCAAUGACAUCGCUUAGCUAUACAGGCAAGAAUGCAGAAUUACGAGAAGUUUUUGUUGGUACAGAUGAUUAUGCCGAAAACAGACCACUUCUCGUACGCAAGCAGCAGCUUAAUAAGGAAAUGGCUGAAUUUCAAUUGAAGUUUCGAAACAUAAUGGGUUGUACCUAG